ACUGGUCAGCUGUCAAACUGAAAUCUGAAAUGGAGUUAUGUUUACCUGUCUGGUGUUUGAUUGCAAUUUGAAGACCUUUUUAACGUGAUUGUGACUGUGUAUUUCGUUCAUGAACCACAAGUAAAUGCAAUUGUGAAUGGAAGAUGACAAGUUGCUAAACGAAUAAGAAUUGUGUUCCUUGAGCUCUGUAAUCAUAUAAACAUGCUUGUGACCAUUAUCACUGAAUUUGAAAUAGGCAAUAAGUAAUUUUGUCACGGUGUUUGUAAGGUACUGUAUAGAAAAAUGGAUGCUGCAGACAUAAUCCAUGAGCGGUUGAAGAUUCCUAUCAAAUAUUUGAAGAAUUUUUCAAAAUCAAAUAAAGUUGAAGGUAUUGUUCAUCGGACAUGGAUCAGGCAGUUGGUGGACCAGCGAGAAGUCCCCUCAGAGUUUCUGCUCCAUGACCAGUUGAGUCCAGCUGAAGUCGAGGCUUGGUUUAAACAAGGCGAGAACUUAGGUUCUGCUUGGCAGAAAUUGAUGUUUACGAUUCUUUGGAAACGAGACUGUCCUGUGAUUCCACUUCCAAGAGCCAAAUCUCGAUUGAAACCAGAAACUCCCCUCUCAUACAACCAAGUCCUCCAUUAUGUGUCACAUACAAAUUUCAAGAACUUGUGGAAAGAAGUCUACAAGAAAUACUCAAAUGGAUCCCUCCCAGGGUAUAUGAACCGCAGUCACGACCGCUCCACCGUUCAAUUGACAGAUAGUGCCAGCCUACUGCGAGAGGUUAUCUUUCGUGCUUACGGUUGCCCACUUGUGCCCCUUGAUGGUUCUAGUGGUGUAUGUACUACAGAUAGUGACAGAUGUGAAAGUGCUUUUCAUCCAAAUCUACUCCCUUGUAUAGUAGCUUUAGAGGCUAAAAAUUAUUUCAUACUUGUUCAUGAAAAUGUACCUGGCCAUACAUUAUUGGAUUGUGUGACAUUCAGCCCAGCCAUUCUUGGAACGAAUAGUAAAAUGUUGUUCCUUGUUUACCAACUACUAUGCUUACUGAGACAUAUACAUGAUUUGGGUUUAGUGUUGGCUGAUAUUACGCUGUCUGAUAUUUAUGUGGACUCUCAUCUUUGGAUCCAGGUUACUCCAAAACUGGAAGCAAACAUCUAUGAGCUGCCGCCCAAACCUCAGACCGACCAAGAAAUUUCCAGUGUAGAGAAAACCAAGAAGUCCCAUGAUAUCAACAGUCUAACGCUGGCAUGGGUGCGCGGUGCAAUGAGCAACUUGGACUAUCUCACUGCCCUCAAUAAUCUUGCUGGCAGAAGGUUUGGUGAUCCUCGUUGUCACCAUGUUCUUCCCUGGGUCACUGAUUUCUCGUCACCGAAUGGAGCCAACUGGAGAGAUCUCACCAAGAGCAAGUUCAGACUGAACAAGGGAGACAGACAGUUGGACCUCACUUACGAUGUUCCUCCUAGCUCUAACAUGGCUCAGGUGCCACAUCACAUAUCGGAUGUGCUAUCAGAGAUCACGUACUAUGUUUACUUGGCGCGUGUCACUCCACGGUCUGUGCUGUGUCAGCAUGUCAGGCCGCAGUGGGUUCCAGCCGAGUAUCCUUCAUCCAUACAACGUCUGCAACAGUGGACACCAGAUGAGUGCAUCCCCGAACUGUUCACAGACCCUAGUGUCUUCAAGUCAAUCCAUCCAGACUUGCCUGACCUUGAGUUGCCUGCCUGGGCAUCAUCUGCCGAACAGCUGAUAGCUCAUCACAGGGCAGCCUUGGAGAGCAACUACGUCAGUGAUAGACUACAUCAUUGGAUUGAUCUCACUUUCGGCUAUAAGUUGUCCGGGCAGGCAGCCGUGAAGAGCAAAAACGUGUGCCUCCAGUUGGUGGACAAACACACUGGACUGACCGACUAUGGGGUAGUGCAGCUGUUCUCUGCUCCCCACCCUGGGCGUGUCACUCCCUCUCCAUUUUGGGGCCUUACCCCACCUCAUACUUACCGGCAGACUACAAAAACGGGUAGUGACGAAGAGGAAGGCCCCAGUAGUGGAGGAGAAGAAAACAUCUCCACCAAUCACAUGCCGCAUUCCUCUCCUUUAGCACUUACGCGGCUCCUGAGCAGAUCCCGCAGCUCACUACAGACAAGUGGUUCGUCUCCUGGUGACAAGCAAGGGACUAUAAGUCUCCCUCAUGACUACAACCCUGUGGCCCUGCUAACAGCUGUGGAAACUUUACACACAUUCACAGGGCCACAUGCUGACACUACCCUACCAGCCGCGGGGGACCAGCUCAGCCAGGCAGCUCAGUGUAAACAAGUGGUGGCAGCCAGGCGUCAACAGGAGAUGCAGGUCUUAGGAUGUCUGAUAGUCGAGAUGUUCCUCUCCAACAAGUUGCGACUGUCUGGCUCUACUCUUGUGUUUGCUGAGCGUUUGUCAAUCUGUCGCAAGAUGCUCUCAGCUAAUCGUGACUCACUGCCUCGUUAUGUCCGGUCUCUUGUUACCCUUCUGUUGGAUGAUUCAGGAAGUGAAGCUCCUAUAACGAGCUUGGGGACUCCUCCUCCCUCCGCUCACCAGCUGCUACAACCUGCUCUCUCUUCCCCUCUGCUACCACUCCCACCAUACUUCACUACACUGUACAGUCUGGUGACAUCGUUACAUGAGCACUGUCAGGCAGUCAAUGUACUGUAUAGGCUGAGGGAAACACAUCCUGACAGUGAGGAGAUACUUAAUUCUUCCAUACAACAACUCAGUGAAUGGAAGGUUCAGUCAGUGGCCAAGUAUCUACAGCAGCUUGUAGACAUGUCUCAGUUCUCAGUGGAACUUGUUCUCAGUUAUAUACUGCAGUUGAUGACAGACCCUGAUACUGCAGUCUCUGCGGCGUGGUACCUCUUUGACCCCAUUUCCAAGUUGCUGGGUCCCACAGCUAGUGCCAAAGUACUGCUGGAGCCCCUUGUGCAUCUGUACGAUUGUGAUCACUCACUUGGCUCUCCGCGCCAACUCAAAAAACGGAUCAAGCUAUACCACAGAAGCUUUCUGUUGCGCCUGAUCGUGCGGUUCCGCCUGCGAGUGUUUCUAGAUCACUUCAUCACUCCUCUCGUGGAGGCUGUGGGAGGCUACCAUGAUGUUGAUGUGACGUUGCCUGUCACUGCUAAUGAACAAUCAGAUAGUGAUGUAGAAGAAGCCACUGAAUGUCCAAGUGUUCUCUCACCUCUUGAUGAAGAUUCUUCUGCAGAUUCAGAAAAAACUCCAGUUGUCGAGGGGAAAUCAGAUGCUGACGUGUUAGAGACAGAUACGGAACUAGAGCCUGAAGUAUUUGUUUUGGAGACGGAUGACAAUGUUGGCGAACUGAACCAAACUGAACAGAUUGCCUCACUCCUACUAGACCUACAGACAGAUGAUACAGAAGACACAGAGUCGCAAAGAGACACUCCGACACACGAGUUGACUCGGGAGGUGAAGGGGAGUCUGGUGGAGCAGGACAUGGAGACUUGGAGCACUGACAAUGAAGAACCAAAGAAACCUGUAACAGAGUACAACAAGACAUAUCUGUUGGAGGUGUCUGAGGUGGGAGUAGCCAGCAUGCAGUGGUUGGCUCACCGACUAGGCCCCGUACUGACGGCUACACACCUCAGCCGUAACCUACUCCGCAUGCUGAGUCUGUGUUACGCAGGCCAAGGCUGCAGUCAGGUCCACCAGUCUCAGCUCCAGGGGGAUGAUAGUGCGACCAGUGUACUCCAGUGUCUAACGUCUAUUGUAGGUUUAUAUGGGGAACAAUUUAUAGUUUUGCAGUAUCUGCCUGCUACCGCUGAUGUGAUUUCACUUGCACGGAAAAAGUUGACUAGCAGUUUAGAAGCUGGGGUCGUGGCACACCUGAUGUUGCUUUCUCACUGUAUGCCUCAUCUGUCAGACAAUACCUUACAUCAACUAUUUCAGGAGGUGAUCCUAUCUCGUGUAUGUGGACCUGCACUGCGUUUGCUCUCCUCCACCCGACAGCUAUUCCCAGGACAUGUUUCUGCACGCCGUGCUGUUGUGCUUAAACUCGUGGACUGUCUUCAUGCUCUUAUGUUGAGAGCUACAACUCAGCAAAAGAUUGCUCUUGUACAUACGAUCUCCAGGUUUUACUUAGCCUUCAGUAAAGCCAGAGGUCAGCACGAGGAGAGCAGAGGAGAUGAUCAAGUCAGUAAAGUGAAAGAAUAUGAUGCAGCAGAUUCCUUCUCUCCUCCUCAGUCCAACACAGCUGACGGUGACUGCAUUAAAUCUAAGGCUUUAGAAGAAUUGGCAUCAGUAAUGACAGAAGAAUUGGCUUAUUGGUCUUAUAUUCCUUUUUCUAACUUUUUUGGAGAACCCUUGAUGGAACAGUCAUUGAAAAAUUACUCUCUCAUAAAACAGCUUUGUGCUGAAUAUCUUCAGAGUUGUGAUAACUCUCAAACUGAAAAUGGUCAAACUCUUGAUCAACAAGGGGAAAGUGAUGUAGAGGAUUCGGUUGGAAGUUUAGGUACAAAUGUGGUUAUUAUAGGCAACAGGAUUGAUUUGCAAGAACCAUCACUUGGCAGAUCUGCUAGUCCAAACACAAGUGUACCGAAUGAAGACAAUACUGAUAGUGGUAGCAGACGACAUGAAAAUAACAGCAGACAUCUGAAGGGCAACUGGCUGAGUUACUGGCAGCACGAAGUGGGACACACGUCUAGCCAGUUCAACAUCAAGCAGAUCCGGCUGUUGGGGUUCUCUGGCCAUGGCAAUAGUGUGCGAUCACUCGUCACUCUCGACAACGAGAACAGCUUCCUGUCUGCCAGCCGUGACAAGACUGUCAAAGUCUGGUCUCUUCGGAGCAUGGGAGAUGGGAGUACCACUUGUCCGGCUCAGUGGACCUACACCGGUCAUCGAAAGUCUGUUUUGUCUGUGGGGUUCUGUGAGGCCUCUCGUCUAGCUGUCAGUUGCGAUUCUGUUGUUCAUCUGUGGGAUCCGUAUGUGGGCAGAAUCGUCUCACAGACUGAUCCCACACGAAACCCACCAGUAAACACUCUACGGUGUUUGCCUGCACCAAGCUAUCAGAUUCUAGCGGCAACUACAGAUCCUACUCUGAGAACUUUGGAUUCCAGGGUGGGAGGUUACGUUAAUGAACUAAAGGUGGCUGUGAACAGUGCUGGCCUGAUCAGAUGUAUAUGUGUGGCACCAGGAGGUGCAUGGGUGGCGUUAGGGCAGGCAUCAGGAUUCCUGACUGUCAUUGACUUGCGGACCGGUACCAUGCUAGCGGCAUGGAAGGGACAUGAUGGCGAGGUAUUACAAUUGGUUGCUGUCAAUGAUCAGACAAUAAUCAGUUCGUCUCUGGAUCAAGCUGUCUCUGUCUGGAAUGCAUUAGAUGGGAAAUUAAAGUUCAAUAUUAAGGGGUCUACAGAGCCUGUGCAUUGUUUGGAUCUCUACGGUGGUGAGCUAAUCUCUGGAACAACAGCAAACAGAAUUGGAGUUCAUACAUCAAUAGAUCCUUCAGCAACUUUCUCUUCCACUCGUCUUCGUUCAGACAGCUUCAGAGGUGUUCUCACAACACUCCAGGUGCUUCCAUUGAAUAGACUUCUUCUCUUGGGAGCUGAUACUGGAGCCAUCACACUCAUAUGUUGAUGGGAGGUUUAAUGAAGUAUGAUAUAGGAGUUGUUACAUCCUUGUGUUAAUAGGAUGUGUGGUCGGAUGUGUUGGGAGUUAUCAUUUAAGCCAUCACAUGUAUCUGUUAGUUGGUGGUUUAAAAAAUAACACAAUGGGAAAGAUGUGAUAUUCCAUUCCAUGGUAGUAGUCAUACUUAUCAACGCCUAUCAUCAAAGGUAAGGUGGCCGUAGACCAGGAAAAUCAGGAAGCCAGGAAAUAUUUUGUUUCAGGAAAAUACUGGAAAUUGCCAAGAUCUCGUUGUAGACCUGACAAAAUCUCAAACACAAUGUUUCUACUUCAAAGACUUUGGACAAAAAAUAUCAUUUUAACAGUUCUUAGAAUUGAGCAUUAAUUAAUCUCGCAUUUUGUAUUUUACAACUUGUGAUCUGUCACUAAAGAUUGACAACGUGUGAGUGAUAAUUUCACUUGUGUUGUGACAGCACAUGAUUUGACCAUGUAUGGUGUGAUUAACCAUGCGUUUGUGACAUCAUUUAAUCCAAGGUGCAGUGGGAUUGAUCUUUGUUAAGUUCUUUUCUCACUUCACUAAGGCGUUACGCUCUGUGCUGAUAUCUUUAGGUUGAGAAAUAUUAGCAUUAUUUAAGAUCCCCUAAUAUUAAUGUAAUUAAUAAAAUUUGUUUCUCAUUAUAACAUUUUUUUAUGAAGUACGUCAUAGCAGAGACCAAUAAUACAUUAGACUGUCGAUCCUUACGGGAGAAGUGUGCCGACUCGGUGUCAGCCACAUUGUUGAAGUGUUGAUAGCCCACCCUAGAUUGCACUGCACUGUGCUGUCCUCUAACCUGAACUUUUUCAUCUAUUGUCACCACCCUCUCCUGUAUCCCCUUGUUCAUCACGCCCCAUCUCCACUCGUCAGCUUAUUUACAGAAUAGAUUCGCCAGAGUGAAAUAUAAUCCCUCUGUUCUUGCUGGCCUCUAAUUUCACCAUAUGAUUACCAGUCUACUUCUAUUAUUGGUCUCUGAUCAAAGUCUCUUAUCAAAGAAAGUUAAUUGACUACAACUAAUUUGAAACUGUGUAUGUAAUUUUUUGUGCUGAGUAUCUUAAGAUUUUUAUGUUAAAUUAAAUGAUGUCUAGAAAUGUGGUUCAUGUUAAAUGCAUGAAAUUUUGAGGCUGACAACACAUUUCUCCGAAACAUAGUACCAAGAUGAUGCUAUUAGAUUUUUCAAUUAGCUUCCAAUUAGCAUCUCCUCCAAUAAUUGGCUGUGUGUAGGGUAGAAAAGUCAUAAUUGAAAAUCAUUUGUCUUCAGAAAGAAGGUAUUUUGCAAAACAAUAGAGAAUAAACAGAAAUACGGUCUUGAAUACAUGUACAAACAGAAGCUGAAUGUUUCAACACUUACAAAAUUUAUCUUAGUAAUAUUCACUAUUAUCUAAAAAAUUAUUUUCACUCUCUAUUGGUGAAGAUCAUAUUGAUGGAGAUGAGUACUACCAAAUUGUUACCAAACAGAAUGAAUCCAGUCAAAGAAAAGAGAGCUUAUAAAAAUGGCAAUAAUGAGGAUAUGAGAUUAGGCAAAGUAAAGUUCAGCCUUGAAGAUUGGAAAUGCUCUGCUCUGUUAUUAUUGUAAUAUUGUUUUAAAAAAUUAUUGAGAAUCUAGUGUACAUACACUUAUUACAAGUUAUAUUGUAACAAAUUGUUAAAACAAUAUGAUCUCUGGAAAUGAUCUUAAUUGUUGUAAAACAAGGAACAUUCCAUCCUCAAUAGUGUAGUAAUAAUGUAAUCUACAUUAUAUUUUGUGAUAUAUAGUGAUGUCUUAUUAUUAAUGUACAUCUUAUAAUAACAAAUUCUUAUAUACUAUAUUUAUAAUCAGCUUUGAUAUUAUCAUGUAUAUCUAGUCUAAUAAGCAUUAUAUGUACUUUUUAAUACUUAUAAUUAUUAGAAAAUAAUUUUGUAUUUGUAUUUCAUAAAUAAGGCCUGCAUAGCCUCGAGGAAGUCUGUCUGUGAGCGAUAAACCUGUUUAAGAAUGUGAGGUGUUUUUCUUAAGUAUGGGUCGUUUUGCUGUAUACACAGAAGCAAUACAUGAGAGCACCAAAACAAGCACUUGAAUGGUGUCCUGGCAUUUAUUUGGAAUAACUACUUAGUUGCAGCUAUGUAACUAACCUGCACAGUGUACAGUCCACCUGCCCCGUUUAAGGUUUGAUCAGUGGUACCAGCAGAUUUGUAAAGUUUAUGAGUUAAUGAUAUGAAUGAAGGCAAACUGUAAAUUGAUUAGAGAUUUCAAAGCUUUCCACUACUGGUCACCCAUCUUUGAUCACAGACAAUUUGGUGGCUUUAGUUUAAGACAGAUGCUUCACAAUAACCAUUCUUUUAAAAAAAUUUUCUCAUGUAUGUAGGUCAGUGCUGUCCAACAUAUUUUCAUAAACUUAAACUCUAAGGAACUGUGAUCCUACGACAAUGCAAGGCCUCACACUGCUACUCAAACCUAAACCUUUAGAAUUUUUUUUGCUGGGAAGUUUUCGACCACCCAACCUACAAGUCCUACCUGCAUGAACAAUUUCCUUAUUUUACGCCAUCUCAAACAUCACAUUCUUGGAGACCACUACAAUGACAUAGAGUUCAAAACGGUUGUGAAUUCUUAGUUAUCAGAGCAGGUGGCAACAUGAAAUAUGCUAUAACUGUUUAAACUAACUCAAAAAGAUGUUAAAAAUAGAUAAAAGUAUAUUUAUUUUUAAUUUUAAACGGCCCUUACUUAAAAAAUCACUAUUAAUGAGUAAAAUAAUUAAUGAGAGCAAGCCUGUUGAGUAUGAAUUGAACAAUCAUUAUGAUAAUAAUGUAACACAAACAGAAUUUGAGUUAAACUAUUCAAACUUAAGAUAGAGUUUUAGUUUUAUUUAUUAAUUUAUCUUUGAAUGACUAGUGCUGAAAUUAAUGCUGAUAAUUAGAAAUGUGCAUAAUCAGAUAGUUGUGAAUACAUGAUAUUAUUUUUAUAUCUAUAUGACUGAUAAGUUGUUGAAUAAUGUUAGCUUUGUAUUAAUAUAGUGUAAUGAAAAUACAUUGUAGCUGUUUAUGUAUUGUUGAUUGAUAUGAAAAUAAUCUGAAUGUCUUAGGCCAUUACUAACUUAGAAACUUGCUAUCACAGAUAGCAGUUGACUAACAGUCACUCUUUCUGAUUUAAACUUCCUUUGGAUCUAUAAAGUUAAUUUUUUUAA